AUGGCAGCGUCGCCGCGGAAGCCCGAUGGGUCGGAGUGCAUCCGCGUGCUCAUCCGCGUCCGGCCGGUCCUCGGCGACGGCGGCGCGGCGGCCGUGCGCGUGCUCGGGCGGAGCGCCGACGGCAGCGGCGAGGAGCUCCUGGUCGAGUGCAGCAAGGACAAGCAGUUCUGCGGCGCCUUCGACAGCGUCCUGGGCCCGGGCGUCGCGCAAAACGAGGUCUACGACGGCGUCGCCGACGUCGUCGCCUCCGUCGCCGACGGCUUCAACGCCUGCGUCAUGGCCUACGGCCAGACGGGCGCGGGCAAGACGCACACGAUGCUCGGCCCGCCGCGCGGCGCCGACGGCGCCGCGGCGCCGGACGCCGAGGGCGUGCUGCCGCGGGCGUUGCGCGCCCUCUUCGCCCGCCUCGACGAGCUCCACCCGGACGCGGGCGCGGGGAGCGGCGACGACGACGGCGGCGCGGACGCGAAGGAGGCGUCGUCCGGCGGCUACGUCGUCCACUGCUCCUUCCUCCAGAUCUACGGCGAGAAGCUCGAGGACCUGCUGAGCGCCGAGGACCUGCCGCUGAAGGUGCGCCAGGCGCCGCGGCUCGGCAAGAGGCGGCGGGGCCGCGCGCCGGAGCUCUACGUGAGCGGCCUCAGCGCGUUCCGCGUCUCCGGCGCCGACGAGGCCGUGCGCCUCGUGGACCAGGGUCUGCUCCGGCGCAGCGUGCGCGGCACGAGGAGCAACGACGCGAGCAGCCGGUCCCACGCGGUGCUCCAGGUCAGCGUCGAGUCGACGGACCCGAGGGGCGUCGCGACGCGCGCGAAGCUCUACCUCGUGGACCUCGCCGGCUCCGAGAAGGCCGCGGCCCUCGACGACGGCAAGGGCCCCGCGAAGGACCCGCGCGCCGCCGCCGCGGCCAAGUCGCGCGCGUUCCACGAGCACGUGAACAUCAACCAGUCGCUCUCCGCGCUCGGCAACGUCAUCGCCGCGCUCGCCGAGGGCCCCCGGCGGCGGCCCCACGUGCCCUACCGCGACUCGCUGCUCACGCGCCUCCUCCAGGACGCCCUGGGCGGCAACACGCGCACGGCCGUCGUCGCCUGCGUCGCGCCCGAGGCCGCGCACGCGGAGGAGACCGUGUCGACGCUGAAGUUCGCGGACCGCGCGCGCCGCGUG